UCAACAUUCAAACCCAACUUCGCCACCUUAUUAUAUAUCACAGUCUUCUACAAUAUUUCUCAUAAUUCCCUAAAGCAAAAUCAUCCACCCUGAUCAUCUCAGUACUCACUCUGACUGAUAUAUAUUUCCACCCAAGAAUUUUGAUUCUUCCUUAAUCUCCUCGUUCCUGCUAGGUGUAGAGAAAUUAUGGGGUCCUUGGAAAGAUCAAAGAAAAAGGUUCAACUAUGGAAGAAAGCAGUUGUCCAUUUCUCUCUGUGCUUUGUAAUGGGGUUCUUCACCGGCUUCACUCCAACCGGAAAAGCAUCAUUUUUUUCAGACCGUGUUGCUGCAUCGAACAUAUCAGAAUCUACAACGCCACAGCCUGUUGAAGUGCUGCACCCAAACCCUAUUAAUAGAAGUUUGAUAGCUGAAGCUCCUGCGACCAAUAUUCCCAUGAGCCGGUCGGCUAAGGAGUUUGAACGCACAGAAGUGUCUUCGGAGAAAGAAGCAGCAAAAGAACCCAAGUUGACGACGAGAGGACUCGUGAUUAUUGUCACUCCAACCAGCACAAAAGAUCAGUUUCGAGGUGUUCUUUUAAGAAGGCUGGCUAACACUAUAAGGCUGGUUCCUCCGCCAUUGCUGUGGAUUGUGGUCGAAGCGCAGACGGAUUCAGACGAAGUGUCGGAAAUACUAAGAAAAACGGGCAUUAUGUAUAGGCAUUUGGUUUUCAGGGAGAAUUUCACGGACACUGAAGCUGAAAUGGAUCACCAGAGAAACCUGGCGCUGAAGCACAUCGACCACCAUAAGCUCAGUGGGAUCGUACAUUUUGCGGGGCUUUCCAAUGUUUAUGAUCUUGACUUCUUCCAACAACUAAGAGAAAUCGAGGUGUUUGGGACAUGGCCGAUAGCUUUGCUCUCAGCAAACAAGAAGAAAGUGAAAAUAGAAGGACCAGUAUGCGAUUCUUCACAGGUAAUAGGAUGGCAUCUAAGGCAAAUGAACAAUGAAUCUGAGAAGACAAGACCCUCUAUUAAUAUUCAUAUCUCCAGUUUUGGCUUCAACAGCUCCAUUCUCUGGGACCCCGAGAGGUGGGGUCGCCCUUCUGCUCUUCAAAAAUACUCCCAGAAUUCAAUGAGAUUCGUAAAACAAGUGGUUCUUGAAGACGAGACCAAAUUAAAAGGAAUCCCACCAGAGGACUGCUCUCGAAUCAUACUUUGGAGCCUUCAAUUUUUCAGUGGGGCAGCAACAAUUGAUCAUGAUCUUCAAACAGUCGCAUCGGAUGGAGCUCGGAAGUAAUUAAUUAUAAUAAAGGAAAAGAAAAAAGUGAGAUUAAUUAGGAGGAGUGGAUCGAGCAGUAUUUUCCGAUUAUAUAUGUGAGUACGUACGUAGCUAGCUAGCUGCCAAAAAAUGUAUACAUAUUUCCUCCAUGAAUAUUCAUGUAUUUUUGUUAUAGUUUAUAAAAAAGAUCAAAACCUCAUUCUUUGAUUCU